UUCUGACAGACGGAGGGCGAUCGCGCCGGGGGUCGCGGGGGCCGGAGCGGAACCGCCGCGGCUGAGCCCGCGAGCCGCCCUCAAAGCAGGCGCCCGGCCGCCGGGACUCAGGACAUGGUGCGAUCCGCGCCGAGCCGCCGCCGCCGCCGCCGCCGCUGAGCUCGCGGGCCGCGCCGGGCUCGAACGUGGGAGCGGGAAGAUGUUUUCCGCGCUCAAGAAGCUGGUGGGGUCGGAGCAGGCUCCGGGCCGCGACAAGAAUAUCCCCGCCGGGCUGCAGUCCAUGAACCAGGCCCUGCAGAGGCGCUUCGCCAAGGGGGUGCAGUACAACAUGAAGAUAGUGAUCCGAGGAGACAGGAACACGGGCAAGACGGCGCUAUGGCACCGGCUGCAGGGCAAGAAGUUUGUGGAGGAGUACAUCCCCACACAGGAGAUCCAGGUCACCAGCAUCCACUGGAAUUACAAAACCACUGAUGACAUCGUCAAGGUAGAAGUCUGGGAUGUAGUUGACAAAGGGAAGUGCAGACGACGAGGUGAUGGCUUGAAGGUGGAGAAUGAUCCCCAGGAGGUGGAGUCCGAGAUGGCCCUGGAUGCCGAGUUCCUGGAUGUAUACAAGAACUGUAAUGGGGUGGUCAUGAUGUUCGACAUCACCAAGCAGUGGACCUUCAACUACAUCCUCCGGGAGCUUCCCAAGGUGCCUACCCAUGUGCCAGUGUGUGUGCUGGGGAAUUACCGUGACAUGGGCGAGCACCGGGUCAUCCUGCCUGAUGACGUGCGUGACUUUAUCGACAACCUGGACAGGCCUCCAGGCUCCUCCUACUUCCGCUAUGCUGAGUCCUCCAUGAAGAACAGCUUUGGCCUAAAGUACCUUCACAAAUUCUUCAACAUCCCAUUCCUGCAGCUUCAGAGGGAGACGCUGCUCCGGCAGCUGGAGACGAACCAGCUGGACGUGGACGCCACACUGGAGGAGCUGUCAGUACAGCAGGAGACAGAGGACCAGAACUAUGACAUCUUCCUUGAGAUGAUGGAGGCACGCAGCCGUGGCCAUGCGUCCCCACUGGCAGCCAACGGGCAGAGCCCAUCCUCAGGCUCCCAGUCUCCGGUAGUGCCUCCCAGCGCUGUGUCCACAGGGAGCUCCAGCCCCAGCACACCCCAGCCAGCCCCACAGAUGCCCCUCCACACGCCCUCAGCCUGCCCCUGUCCCCUGCCCCCCACGGAGGCCCCACUGCCCCCUGCAGCCCCUGCCCCACGGCGCAGCAUCAUCUCCAGGCUGUUUGGGACCUCACCAGCUGCUGAGGCAGCCCCUUCAGCCCCAGAGCCAGCCUCAGUCCCAGAGGCCCCAGUGAAAGUCCAGAACGUGGAGGAUUUUGUUCCUGAAGAAGGCCUUGACCGCAGCUUCCUGGAUGACACUGGCCCCCAGCAGAAUGAGAAGAGAGUCGGAGCUAAGGUCCCACAGGACAGUGACAGCGAUGAGGAGGUCCCAGGCGGGAACCCACUGGUAGCAGGUUUCCAGGAUGAUGUGGACAUUGAAGAUAAGCCACCUAGCAGGCCCCUGCUGCCCGUGGGCCCCAUCACCAAGGAAAACAUCACUUCUUCCAGUGAGGAGGAAGCAGAGAAGGUGGCAGGGCACCCCAAGGCCACUGUCCCCAUCCCCCAGAAGUGCUCUGAGCCAGAGACCAAACGGCCCUCCACAAAAGCUGCCAGGCUGCACAGGGGUAUGGCUCCCAGGGCUGCAGAGUCCCGCCAGCCAAGCACCCGCAAAUCCCCCGCUGAAGGCCCCUCUGGAGGCCGUGAAGAGGGCAAGAAGGAACAGGCAGCGUCAUCAGAGAGUGACCCCGAGGGGCCCAUUGCCGCCCAGAUGCUGUCCUUUGUCAUGGAUGACCCUGACUUCGAGAGCGACUCAGACCCUCAGCGGAGAGCGGACGAGUUCCCGGUGCGAGAGGACCUCUCAGAGGAAACUGAUGAGGAUGCUGCUCCUGCCCAGCCCCCCCCACUCCCCAAGCCCCCUGUGGCCUCCUUCAGACUGAAGAAUGACUCGGACCUCUUUGGGUUGGGACUGGCAGAAACCAGCCACAAGGAUAUCAGCGAUGAAGAUAAGGAGGGCAAGCCUCCCACAAAAGAGAAGAAGAAGAAGAAGAAAAGCAGAGAGGAGGAAGAGAAGGCUGUGAAGAAGAAGGGCAAGCAUAAGAAGAGCCGGGACAGGGAGGAGGGCAGGCAGGAGCGGCGGAGGCGGCGGCCCCGGGGCACCGAGAGGACAGAGAAAACAGCAGGGGACGAGCUGGAGGCCUUCCUGGGGGGCGCAGCCCCUGGCGGCCACCUCCGUGGGGGUGGGGACUAUGAGGAGCUGUAG